AAGCAGCAGUACGGCACUUGGGAGGUAAUGUCAAACCACUGCAGCUUUGGUGGGAUGAGAAAGCCUUCAUCAGCAUCACCUGCAGGAGGAGAGGGCAGGCUGAGGCUCUGCUUGUAAACCAGAAGUGUGAACAGAAAGAUUUGAAGGAAGACAUGGCCAAGCCCAAAAAGAAAAAGGGUUCCUCCUCUCACUGCCUUGAGCCACAGCCCCCUCGGCUAGGAUGGGGCAUGGUCUUCCUCCACUCAAGACCCACGGACAAGGCUGGGUGUGCCUCAGUCUCCAGAGUACCACCUGUCUUCCACUUCAGCCCACGGCACUGCGAGAGACUCAAGACCCAGUAUUUGAAAAGGGCAGCGGCCAACCUUUCCUUCUCUCAAGAUGUGGGGUGGCAGCGGGGACUGCCCAGCAUGCCUUUCAGUCAGUAUGAUUUUAAGCACAUCUACAACACGGAAAACAUCCUGCCACCUCCGCAGACCAGGACGACCGACACUAAGAAACCUGAGUGCACUGAGGCUCUGUAUGCUUUAACCCUCUUGCCAGAAACCAUCACUCACUUUACAAAGACACAUACCUCAAACUUCUUGCCGGAAGACUUCACUUACUUGGCAAAGUGUUCUAAGGGUUCUAAAAAGCCGAAUAAACCAAAGCCCAGAGACACAGAGCAGAAAGCAUUUCCUGGACAAAGCCGCCAUCACAACUUAAAGCCAGAAACCCUGGAGCUGUCAGCCUCUCCGGAUGAGAGUCUGGAAGAAAGGGAAACCUGGCUUCCACCUGGGGAGAAGGAGGCGCGAGGCUGGGAAGCCAUUGUUCUGGAGAAACUGGACAAGCGCACCUCUCGAUGGAUCCAGAGCAAGCGGCCACCGAGGCCCGGACAGUCGCCCAACAAGUGGCAGUCCUUUCUCCGCCAGCAGUACGACUGGAGCCACAUUAGGGAUGAGCUCACUUCAUCCAGUGACUUGGAGCUCCUCAAAAUGCUGGAGGCGGAAGAAACAGCCGAGUUUAUGGGGGAAAGUAUCCCGAAGCCACCAAAGGAAACAAAGAAGCCAGAGCUUCUGCUUCCUGUCUACUUCAGGUUACCUGGUUACUCCCCACAAGUACACACAGCUGAAGCCAUGUCCGGCAACAACAUGACAGCCGAGGUUAUCCAAGCAGAGAUAAGCAACAUGCGGCAUAUGACUAAGAGCCGAUUCCGGCAGGUGAACCGCAAAGCCGGGGAGUACGCUUAUGCUACAGACAACACCUUUGAGCAGGAGAUGUACUUUGACGGAGUGAGGAUUGUUCACCAGAUUGGCGGGAGGAAAGACCAGAUUGUCCUGGAAAACCUCAAUCGGUAUGACAAGCACCUAACCAAGGUCUUCCCGGAAACCCCAGAGAAGUGGAGCUUCCAGCCCAUUCCUGAAAUGCCUUACAAACUCAGGAAAGGAGUCCAGCGUUGGACUGCAUUGCCAACUGAGGCCAGCCUGCUGCAGGUAGGUAAGGAGGCCACGUCUGCCAAGACAAGGAGACAAAAGAAGCAGGUCCAACCCGUGGAGGAGGAUGUGCCGUGGGAGCUGGCCAUCCUGCGGAGGAUGCUGCAGGAGUGGAAGACUUCCUGGGGACUGAUUAUUGAAUGGUAUCACGAGACAGUGGAGAACCUACUACGGGGCAUACAAAGCAUGUACGAUGACAUUAGGGUCCAGGCCAUCAUCACGUGUGCUACCGCAGCUUUAGAAAGGCCCCGGAUUGCCACCACACCGGAGAACUCAGAGCCAAUCAUUGUGGAUUUGCCAGAGGUCCUCCUGCCUGUUCUAGAGGAUGCUCUUUCUCACAGAAAUCCCAACGUGAGGAUGGCGGCCGCAGUAUGCCAGUAUUGCAUACAAUCGCAUAAUCCCACUGCCCGAGACAUCAUGCAGACAGCCCUCAUAAAGGGUAACAGUGUGGACAGCUGGGCCGCAGCUCAGUGCUUGGCUCUGGAAGGCAUUGCCACCUACCCGGUGAUCAAGAGGAUCCUCCACCAGCUUUUCCACAAGAACAACCAGGCCACUGAGGAGCAGGCGUGUAUACUCCUCAACCACCUCCGGGUAAAUAAGACCCUGAUCCACACGAUGCUUGCUGUGGAGCUGAACAGCAGGCAAUGGAAGGACCGCAUCGUGGCCUGCCGUGCUUUCUCUCAGAUCACUGGAAAAGUCUGCAUAGAUAUGAAACAGAAAAUAAUCCAGCUGAUGUGGAAUGACUGGAACAAGGAAGUAAGGCAAUCGGCUGCCAAAGCCCUGGGGCGAAUGAACCUUGGCAAAGAGAUUCAUGACAUGAUCAGAGUUAAGCUGUGCCAAGGAAAUUCCCAGGAGCGGAUUAAGGCCCUCUCGCUGAUCCGUGUGCUCAAACUCAUGACAGCCAAGCUUCUUCCAAGCUUCCUGACCUGCUUCUCUGAUGAGUUCACAGGAAUUCGACAGGCAGCUUGUUUGGCGGCAGGUGCCUUGCAGAUCCGUGACCGGAUGGUGCUCGAACGCCUCAUGAAUCUGAUGCACACAGAUCCUUACUGGAAAAUUAAGGCCUUUGCCAUUCGAGCUUUGGGACAGAUUGGACUAGUGAGUCCCCAGCUGACCAAUAAGCUGCUCUGGGCUAUCCACUAUGAAGACUCACCAGGCGUGCGGCUGGAAGCCUGCCGGAGCAUCCUAGCCCUCAAGCUUCACGGCGCCCAGGUCAGGGACACCUUCCUGGAUGUGCUGCUUCUGGAGAAGCACGAGGCUGUUCUUAAGGAAAUUCACCAGACAAUGAAAGCACUCAACUUAGAAAAAGAAGGAAGUCAAGAAAUGAUUCAGGAGAUCAAGAAAAAGAUCCAAACACUAAACCAAAAGGACAUACUGACGGAGAAAAUACUGAAGAUGGAACUGGCCGUAAAAAAACUGAAAGAAACAGCUAAAUGGGUUUACUCAGAACCCAAAGCGGACCAAAAACCGCUGGAAUUCUACAGUUUUCUUCAGAAAUUCAAACCUUCUGAGAGUAAAAAGGUUCUUCUCCAGCCUGAAGUCUGCGACACUGAAAAAAUCCUAAAGAGUGUGAUGCCCAAGGUGCCAAAUCCCUGGCUCCAGAGUCCCGUCGUAGGAAUCCCCGUACAGAAAAACCGCUCACCGUAUUUCAGGGAUCUACGGACUGCCCGGGAAAAAAGGAUCGAAAGAGGACCCUUUGGAGAUGACCCGGUUUUAGAGCCGAGCAAAUUCUUCAAAGAAGAUUUUCUUUCCACAUCAAGUCUUCUUUCCUUUCGGAGAAUACAGCUCCUGUCUAGGCUGGAUGGCUCCUCUUCUUCUCCUUGACACCCGCAGCAGCAGACAGGGCACAUCGUGUCUCUUCCAUUGAUACUGAACAAUGUUCUCACUGUGUUUACAAAGAUAAACUACUUAUCAAUCAA